AUGACUCCGCCGCGCCGAUCAACGGAGAGCGCUCCCACUCCGCUGGCUCCGCGAGAUCGGCGGGAGGCGGCGGCGGCGGCGGAGGCGGCGGAGGCGGCGGCGGGCAUGACGCCACGCGGGGGGGUGUCUUGGUACGGCAUCCGCGGGAGGCUGAUGGGGGCGGUGAAGCAGGUGCUGCACGCUGCACUGCACGAGCUGGGCUUCGUGCUCUCGCACAAGAACCGCAUGGCCUACGUCAAACAGGAGCUACACCACACGCCUCUGCACCUGCUACGAGCCUCAGUGCACGCGAGAGAACGAUACAUGACAGAGACAGGGCGGCGGGAGGCCAAGGUAUGGCCCAUAUGCAAGGCGCAGGCGUGCAUGUUUCUAGACGAGCUGAAGGUGCCUGUGCCUGCUGCUCUCCUGCUUCCGUCCGAAGGCGGCAGCUGGGUAGCCCCUGUUGGGUGGGGUGAUCCGAGGCGUGUGAGAAAGAGGAUCAGGGGGAGGAGGAGUCGGGCUGCGGAGAGAAGGGCACGUGGGACGGGGGGAGUGGGGGACGGGACGGGGGGGAGUGGGGGGGGUGGGGAGGGAUUAGAGAGUAGGGGAGAGGAGGAGGAGGAGGAGGAGGAGGAGGAGGAGGAGGAGGAGGAGGAGGAGGAGGAGGAGGAGGAGGAGGAGGAGGAGGAGGAGGAGGAGGAGGAGGAGGAGGCGGUGGAGGAGGAGGUGGAGGAGGAAGAGGAAGAGGAAGAGGAAGAGGAGGAGGAAGAGGAGGAAGAGGAAGAGGAGGAGGAAGAGGAAGAGGAGGAGGAAGAGGAAGAGAAGGAGGAAGAGGAGGAGGAAGAGGAAGAGGAAGUAAAGGAGGGAGACGAAGAGGAGGUGGUGGAGUUUCCACUGCGUGAGAGAAGGGAUGCGAGGAGGAAAGGCCGGCAGCAGCAGACGGGUGUUGCAAAUUCAGAGAAUCCAGAGGGCUUACCUUCUUCCAGAGGACGUGCCGCUUGGAAGGAGGGGAGGGAGAGAGGUGCGGAUGGAAAGGAAGAGAUGGAGGAGGCACAGGAGGAAGAGGAGGGAGAGGAGGGAGAAGAGGGAGAGGGGGAGGGGAACGAAGAGAUUGGACAGAUGGGUUUGGGAAGGGGUGUGAAGAGGAGGAACAAGCAGCUAAAGGGGCGUGAAGGGCAUGGCAAGGGGCGCUUUGCUGGGAAGAUUUCAGAAGGGAAAGGUAGGGAUGGUAGAGAGGAGGUGGACGAAGAGGCAGGAACAAAAUGUCUUACGAAGGAUGUUAGGAGGGCGAAGAGGAUUAGGAGGGCUGAGGAGGCAACAGGGGGUGUGAGCAGCGUCGGUAGGGAGGUUGGUGGUGGUACUGAUCAGCGUGGUGCCACUGAUGAUGAGGUUCGGCAUGGAGGCAUGGCCGCUGGCAUGGAUCACAUGUCUACUCCAACCAUCCCCACCAUCCCCACCAUCCCCACCGCCCCUCACAUGCUUCCUCCCCCAUACGCCCCCCGCCCUCCACCAACCCACAGCGUACCCCCCAACACUCCGCCUCUCCCACACAUGCCCGGUGUAUCCACCCCACUCCAGCUCUCCGUCCCACCCCCACCCCCCACUGGCUCCUGUGUGCUCCUGCUGAGGCACGCUCGAAGCAACGUGGCUGCUAUUGUGGAGGGAGCAAAGGCGAGUAUGGCUGCGAUGGUGGAGCCUCUGACUGCGGAAGAGGAGAAGCAACGGGAGGAGCAUGCGAGGGAGCUGUGGGCUAUAGUUGACUGGGUGAAGGGGAAGACGCACAGGUUGGUGGAAGAUAUGAAAGAGCAGAUGGAGGAGGAGUUGAGGAAGUUCAUGGAAAUUGCGCGGGAAAAGGUGAGGAGGAGUAUAGAAAGGCGAGCGGCUAUACGCAACAGCCGUGCUGCUGCUGCUGCUGCUGCUGCUGCUGCUGCUGCUGCUGCUGCUGCUGCUGCUGCUGCUGCUGCUGCUGCUGCUGCUGCUGCUGCUGCUGCUGCUGCUGCUGCUGCUGCUGCUGGUGCUGGUGCUGCUGGUGCUGCUGUUGCUGCUGGUGAUGGUGGUGGUGGUGAUGGUGGUGGUGGUGGUGGUGGUGGUGGUGGUGGUGGUGAUGGUGCGGGUGAUGGUGGUGGUGAUGGUGGUGGUGGUUCUGGAGCUGGUGGUGCUGGUGGUGGUGAUGGUGAUGUUGUUGGUGGUGGUGGUGGUGGUGGUGGUGGUGGUGGUGGUGGUGGUGGUGGUGGUGGUGGUGGUGGUGGUGGUGGUGGUGGUGGUGGUGGUGGUGGUGGUGGUGGUGGUGGUGGUGGUGGUGGUGGUGGUGGUGGUGGUGGUGGUGGUGGUGGUGGUGGUGGUGGUGGUGGUGGUGGUGGUGGUGGUGGUGGUGGUGGUGGUUCGGGUGGUGGUGUUGGUGAUGUUGCUGGUGGUGCAGGUGGUGAAGGUGCUGCUGGUGCGGGUGGUGCUGGUGGUGCAGGUGGUGAUGUUGCUGGUGGUGGUGGUGGUGGUGAUGAUGUUGCUGCUGCUGGUGGUGGUGAUGGUAGUGGCAGUGGUAGUGCUGCUGCUGAUGGUCAUGUUAGUGGUGAUGGUAGUGGUGGUGGUGGUGGUGCUAGUGGUAUAUCCGGUCUGGCCUUCAACUAA